AUGAAAGAAGGUAACAGACCAAUAGUAAUUGACGGUGUUAAUGAGGUGGACGAAUUGACCUUUGUUUCACACUUUGCUCAGGGCGAAUCUAAUAAAAUUAAGGAGUUAAACGAUUUUAAAAGAAGCCAUUUGAACCAAACGCAACCAACUGCUACCAAUUUAUCGCAAUUUUACAACUUACCGGACGACAGUGAUGUUUCCGACUCUGAUGUGGAGCCCUUAGAAGGCGACUUAUCUGUCAGGAGCACACCUCAGUCAAGGUACUAUUUGCAACCAAGUCAGUCGAUUUUUAGCCAGUCAUACCUCGAUACACGAGACCCUCUUGACAAUUUAAGGAUAAUUGACACUGUUGACCUUCCAGAUAAGGUCUCCGAAGAUCUUCCAAUUGGCAAAAUAGGAAAGUGUAAAUCGAUUUUUGAUGAUAUUCUAAUAGUAGAAUCAUCGAGUGAUUCGAAGGUUUUGGACCUGGGCUCCAUUGUGUGUAAGCAUGAUAGGACCAUUUUGGGGACUGUAAACGACACUUUUGGACAAACGAGCUCCCCCUACUAUAUGGUCAUAUUGAGAAAUAAGAACUUGAAGAUCGAAGCGGAGGAAUUCGUGUACUGCGACCUAAAGCACAGUACCUACAUAACAGACGAAACUGUUAGAUCCAAAACAAUUGACGUUGAAGAAUCUGAGGAUGAAAAGACUGAGGAAUUGGACACUAAACCACAAAAUAAACUAAAACAAUCAUACAAAGAUUUGUAA